ACUAGCUCGUACAUGAUAGUCACAAUCUAGGUAAGAGAAGGUCUUUCUCUGUCAAUUCAUUAUAACAAGUUAAAAAUCUAAUCUUUGCGUCACCGUUUGAGUCCCAUCUCUCUUCUCUCUAGGGUUCUUCUUCUUCUACAAGCUUCCACCAAACAUGAGUCGUCAUCCCGAAGUGAAGUGGGCCGAGACCACUGACAAGAUUUUCCUCACCGUAGUAUUAGCAGAUUCGAAGGAGACUAAAGUCAACCUUCUCCCAGAAGGAGUCUUUGAUUUCUCUGCAAAAGCUGGUCCUGAAAACCAUGUUUAUGAACUUAAACUGGAGCUUCACGAUAAAGUCAACGUUGAGGAAAGUAAGAUCAACAUUGGAGCGAGAAGCAUCUUCUGCAUAAUAGAGAAAGCAGAGCCUGAAAGGUGGGACAAGCUUAUCCGUGGUGGGAAAGCGCCACACUAUGUAAAGGUUGAUUGGGAUAAGUGGGUUGAUGAGGACGAUGAAGGCAACGCUGGUGCCGGAGAUAUGGAUAUGGGAGGAAUGGGUGGAAUGGAUUUCUCAAGCUUGGCUGGAAUGGGUGGAAUGGGUGGUAUGGGUGGAAUGGGCGGAAUGGGUGGAAUGGGUGGAAUGGGUGGCCUUGAAGGACUUGGUGGCAUGGGUGGACUUGGUGGCAUGGCUGGACUUGAAGGACUUGGCGGCAUGGGUGGUAUGGGAGGUAUGGGAGGCAUGGGUGGUAUGGGAGGUAUGGGAGGCAUGGGUGGUCCGGAAGAGUUUGAAGACAGUGAUGAUGAAGAAGAAACCGCACAAUCUGGAGACAAGAAAGAUGAAGCUGUUAAGGAAGAAGCCAAAGCAGAAGAACAAACAACAUCUGCUAAGGAAGACAAGUGAAGACACUGUUUCAGAGAGGAAACCAUAUGGUUGGUUCCAUUAGCUUUCAGGGUUUAUGAAGCUUGUUUUUUAAUUUACUUCUCUUAAAAUGUUGUCACUCUGUUUUGCUUUUAUGGAUUUGUUUUUUUCACUUGCAUUAUUGUGUGGGUUAUAUGGAUGGGUUCCAAAUGAUCUUUGACUUUGCA